ACUUUUAAAAAUUGCUUAUACCUCUCUUUUCAGCAACCAAAGGAUAUUUGUGCCAUGGUUGGGUUCUGUCCUUCUGUGAAAUCUGUUCCACUUCAGACUCUGGUGCCAGCUCAAGUGGUUCACGAAGUGAAAAUGGAGACUGUGGAGAAAGUCUCAGUUCAAGAGAAAUCUUUUUCCUUGUGUGAAAUAUGUGAGACCAUGGUGAAAGAAGUGACUGGCCUCUUGGAGAGCAACAAGACAGAGGAAGAGAUUGUACAUGAAAUGGAGGUGGUCUGCUACCUGUUCCCAGAAAGUGUCAAAGACCAGUGUAAGGACUUCAUAGAUGUCUAUGGCCAGGCUCUGAUUGACAUGCUCUUGGAGUCAACGAAUCCUGAAACUGUGUGUGUUAUGCUGAAGUGCUGUGCAGCCAAGGCUCCUCCACAGCAGCCAGUUUUAGUGAAACCUGCAGGUGGCUUUUGUGAUAUCUGCAAGAUGGUGGUAGCUUAUGCAGAUAAAGAACUGGAGAAGAAUGCCACAACAGCUGAGAUUGAGGCUUUACUGGAAAAAGUCUGUCACUUCCUGCCACACUCUGUCAGUGAUCAGUGUGUUCAGUUUGUGGAACAGUAUGAACCCAUGGUUGUGCAACUUUUGGCAGAGGUGAUGGAUCCCACUUUUGUUUGCACUAAACUUGGAGUCUGUGGAACAGCUAAACAGCCUCUCCUGGGGGAUGAUGCUUGUGUCUGGGGUCCAGGUUACUGGUGUAAGAACAUGGAGACUGCUGCUCAGUGCAACGCUGUCGAUCACUGCAAACGUCAUGUGUGGAACUAAAGGAAGAAUUUACAGUUCUGAAAACUUGCUGUGGCUCUUGAAAAUAUGGGCCGAGGUUGGCGGAGAGCUGUAUCUCAAAUGUCCCUCCUCUCUGCCUCAUUAACAAUUUGACCUUCAAGUCCCUUUAUUGUAACUCUUCUGUAGCAGUGCUGCUGUUGAAGGAUCAGAUCUUCAUCGUUGACUUAACAAAGAUAUUUCUGAUUGUACAGUUUAACUCAUUAUGAUCCUAAAAAUAGUGUGUUGUAGAUUUUUAAUUGGUAGGCUGUUUUUUUAGGUGCUGGGAAAAAUGGCAGAGAAGGUGAAAUGAGACAAGACUAUUGUCUUUUAAUUAAAAAAAAAGAGAACAAGAUAGCAAC